CAGCUUCAGGUGCGUGUUGUUUCAGCCGCAUCACUGAGGCAGACCGUGGACGAAGAUGCCGCUGAGACGCACGAGAAACGCAGGAAAUGUCCAGAUGAAAGAGCAGCUGAGCCGGGAGAUGCGGCACAGCCGGCUGGCGCCCUUCAUUCAGCAGUUUGAGAAAGAAGCGCAAGAGCGCAUGAACGAGUUGGAGGCCAAAAUGGAGAACAUGUUGUCCACAGUGGACAAGGUCUUCAAAGUGGAACUGAUGAAGAUGCCUCCUUCUCUUCUAAAUACACUCAUUGGAGAUUUAAUCAGUGAAGAGCAAAUCUCAGCAAGUGAUGUCUCCAUUGCAAUGAAGAAUGAGUCCCCCCAGAUGCACAAACCCCUAAAGAGAGUGCCCAGUAAAAGAGGGAAAUCAACCGAUUCUCCACCAGUCCUGUCUGCCACGGUCCAGAAAUCCUCGAACAAGACACCUAAGGCCGUCACUGGAAGAAAAAUGACCAGAACGUUAGCUGGGAGUAACAGCACUGGAAAUCUCAGUUCCACGGCCACUGUCAAGAGAACUCGGAGCCGCGUGACCAAGACGAGUGAACAGAACAAACCCAAACUCAGGUCUGUCGUCUCCACUGGUGACCUCCACUGUUCAUUGGCAGGCUCGGCUGCACACAUCACUGUAACCACAGCACAGGGCCAGGCUGUCAGUUUUUCUGAAGAGACCAAAGAUGAAAUUAACCUGGACAUGUUGGAUGAUGUUGCGUGGUGCCAGAUUCAGAAGCUGACGAGUCUAAUGGCGUAUCUGUCCAGGCGAAAUCGCUGCCAGCGAUGAGUAAAGAUGCCUGAACGCGUUGG